CAUCGAGAUCGCCCGCGGGCUCAAGGAUGUCCCCAUGUGCGAGGAUUACGAAAAAAUGAUUUCAGGCAUGAUGUAUGUACUCUUUAUUUGAUUUAUUCUGUUUAUUUACAACUCUCAGGUAUAACCCCAACAUUCCCAAACUGCUGGAAGCACGCCAUCGCUGCCGUGGUUUGGCAGAUGACUACAACAAACUCGAUACCAAAACAGUCUCGUAUGAUAAAAUCGCCGAUGUUCGCCUCGACUUGCUGCGAAAGGUCGUUGGCAAAGUUGGCGAUGGUACGUUUAUAGAGCCACCCUUUCUGCCUGAUUAUGGAUGCAACAUUUCCAUCGGACGUGACUGCUUCAUUAACUGGAAGUGAGUAUAUCCUCAAUAUUCAAUGCUCUAGCUAACCGUCCAGCUUGACGGUGUUGGACACGAGCCUGGUGGUGAUUGGCGAUCGAGUGCAGAUCGGAACCAACACGAGUAUCUUCACUGCCGGCCACGAC